UAAAGUCAAGCAUUAUUGUAGUUGGUUUUGUUCAAAGAGAGCAAAAGUGUUACUAGGACAAUUUCUUUUUGAAGGAAGGGUGUCUAGCUAUACAGUUAGUCACCUUCUCUCUGUUUGGUCCGAUUAAUAAAACCCUGGAAACAACGUCUACGCUCUCUGUUGAUGCAUGGUGGAAUGUGUAUCUGAGAUUUUACUAGAAGACGCUGGACCAUAUGUUCAGAGAGUGGGAUUUUAAAAAUCUGUCUCCAUCCUAAUUGACUAGAAUCUAUCUGACAGCUCAUUGAAGUGCCUGCUUUCCUUCGCUGCCAUGUCUUCCACACCUCCACCUCUCAUGAAGAAGCACAGUCAGACUGAUCUUGUGAGUCGCCUCAAGUCCCGCAAAGUCCUGGGUGUCGGCGGGGAGGAUGAUGAUGGAGAAGUGCACAGGUCCAAGAUCAGCCAGAUGUUAGGUAAUGAGAUGAAGUUUGCUGUGCGUGAGCCCAUUGGUCUCCGGCUCUGGCUCCUCAUCUCUGCAGUGCUGUUCACAUCCACAUCCUUAAUGGCCUUGGCUUUUCCCAGCCAGCUCUAUGAGAUAAUAUUUGAGAUCACAACCUCGAGGAUCUCCAUCAGACUCUACGGAGGAGCCCUUCUAUGUAUCUCAUUAAUUCUGUGGAAUGGCUUGUACACAGCAGAAAAGGUCAUCAUUCAGUGGACGCUACUUACGGAAGCGUGUUACUUCGGGGUACAGUUUCUAGUGACGUCCAUCACCCUCUUGGAGAUGGGCACACUGUCCAAUGGUGCAAUCGUUCUUCUUCUUAGUGAAACCUUCUUUCUCUUCGUCACCUUGAGUUACUAUCACCACCUCGGCCGGCGCUCCAAAAAGGUCUGAGGGAGGCCAGCUAUUUGUUAGAUGAGUAGAUUGGAUACAGUAGUACCACUGCCUGGACCAAAUGAAUUUACACUUGACUGAAAAUCAACCUUUUUGUGGGCAAUUUCCACUUUAUGUAAGUACAAUAACUGGGUAUUUACUCUCAUUAGAUAUAGAGGGCCACAGAUCAUUAAUAUAGUUUUUGUUACAUUAAGUUCACUACAGUGGGUAUAAUUAUUUGACAGCUCACUUUUUUGUGAAAGCAUUUUCUGAGAAUUUAUUGUAUGUAGGGAAGAUUUAUGACACACUUAUAAAUGUUAGAGAAUCCUAAAUGUGUCAGAUUAGUUUGCAAAGAUGCCUGCAAUUCAUGUCAUAUUAAGUAAGAGUUUAGUGAACUAUCUCUAUGUGGUGUGUUGUUCUAUGGCAAGAAUUUAUUUUAUAAUGGUACUGGUUUUAUCCAUCAGGCAAAAAAAAGCAUAGCAUGACACAAAAUGCAACAAUUAAUACAGGAGAAAGGGUAAAACAAGAAAUAGCAUACAUACAAAAUUAAUAAAUGCAUAAAAAUUUGAAUCCGAUAUUACAGAAAUACAAUUGUUACUUUAACUUGUAGUUACUAACAUUUCUAAUAGAAUUAUUUCAUUCAUAUUAUUACCUCUGUAAUUCAGGUAAAUUGCAGUUAAAAUUCCAAAGUGAAGACUUUGCAAAUACAUUCCUUUUGAAUGUAAGUUCCCAGCAGUUAAUCUUGUGAUAUGGUGAGAAUAAUGGAUAUAGUAUUAAAUGGUAUUUAACGUAUGUAUGUCAGAAAGUACCUUAUUAACUUUGUAGUUUUAAAUGUAUUACUGUCAAAUGCAGCUCUGUGUCGCUUCUAACAAAGAAAUUCUUCCCGUACCAAUUCAGAUGUAAAUUUUUAAUGCUUUACAUACCUAAUGGACAUUUCCACAAAUAGUGGAUAAUAAAUUUGCUUUUUGUAAACUCCCCUUUACAGAGAAUAAGUCAGUUGAAAAAUCUUUUAAGGAUUCAGAUUUUUCCAUGUUCUGAUCUCCAUGUUUUCAUGACAUUCAAGCCGCAUGUUAAUAAUGGUUUCACUCUUGCAAAUUUAUCUGUAUGUAUUAAAGGGACAGUAGUGCAACUUUUAUUUUUAUUUUGGUUCAAAGCUUCUGUGGAACAAAAAAAGGAGUAUCUUAAAAGUAGUUUAUACAACUGAUUUCAGAUGAUGGUUUCUUUGUCUCGUCAUUGACAGUGAACUUCAGAAAAUUUGCUGUUUUUACGGAACUAUUCUUUUAACAACUACCAUUAUGCACAACAAUUGUAAAUUUUAGAAGUGUAUGUAGUACGAUAUGCUUUAUGCCUUUAGUGAUCAUUGCAUGAAAUCAACAAUGCAGAUCAACAGUAGCGCUAAAAUGUAGCACUUUUAUAAAUCUAAAAUGUCAGAUUAUAUCAGUAAAAGAUAUAAUCAGUGAAUAAUACUUUUGUUCAACUUCCACAAAGUGUUUAUUAAAAAUUAACUUGGCAUGUUUAUUCACCUUUUAUUGUCACUAUGAUGUAGCCAUAAGCGAAAGUGGCAUUUCUUUUAUCUUACUACCAACAUCUGGUCCAACAUUAGCAAAAGUUAAUUGUGGAUAAUAGUAUAAAUGAUUAUUCUAUAACUAGCAGGGGUUAUUCCUAAUAAGUAUAUGCUUCCAUCACUGAACUGUCAUUUGAGAUGUGGACAGUCACACUGCCCUUCCAGAGAUCACAGAUACUGCUUCCAGUCAAACACAAAUGGCUUUAUUCCAAAGGGAAAUCAGAGGAUCAUAUGAAUAUGUGCUUUGGAAAGGGCAAGUUAGACAGCAUUUCAGACAGAGGAGGUGUGGUGAACCCAUUUCAUAAUUCUGUAUUAACUGCAGUACUUCAAAACCAAACUGCUGUUUGUUUAUUUAUACUGUACAUCUCUCUUGAGUUUAUUAGCAAAACAAUGGACCAUGAUUUAAUUUAAGUCAAAGCACAGUUUACUAGACUCUGUAUCUUUUUAUGUCACUUUUUGCUUUGUAAAUAUUUGAAUGAUUCAGGAAUGUGUAACACUUCUUAAACAUCUGUAAAUUUGCAAUUGUAUUUGUUUUUGAGAAAGAUGAUUGCAAUGUUAGUUUUUAGAAUAUUUGUUAAAAUGUAUGACAAGUACGUAUCUCGUUUUUGUAGAGAAACAGUGAAUGUGCUUAAUAAAUCUAUAACGUUUUUCAAAUGGAAAAAGUUUUCUUGAAUCAUUGACUGAUUUCUACCCACAGGAGCUCUGAUUCUGAUCUGUAGCUACAAGUUUUAAAAUCAGAUGAGGUCUAAUAUGUAUCAUCACAAACAUAUUCCCUGAGACCACUGAACUAUCACAGAACAUGUUGUAUUAUAUAUCCUUGGCUAUAUAAUUCUAUUGAAAAAAAAAAAACUCUCAAGAUGAAUGGUGCUUUCUCUUUCAGUAUUCAGUGUUAUGAUGACUUGGAGUGAGGUGCAGGUUUGUUAGGUACUUACUGGCACAGCUUGCACUGUUUGUGUUUGGCUCAAAUAACUGUGGGCUUCCCCUUGUUAGGACUUGCACUUUUGUUUUGUGUACAUGCUGUUAUCUAUACAUGCAAGAAAUUUGUACCCACAGCAUUUUAGCAGAUGAUAUUCCUCAGAGCAAAUGCUGCUUUCACUUUCUCAUUGACAUUGGACAGCAAUAUUGAAGCACAUAUGGAUCUGUAAAAUAUAUUGUCCUG